UGAUGUUUACUGUAGAAAAGUGACUGUUGGAAAACUUGUUCAGCUGCCAAGAGAAAAACAACUGGACUUUCCGACCUAUUGGAUAUGCUGACUACUGGUGGCUGAGUUCAUGCACUAUGACAAGGGCUAACAUUUCAUAAGUCUGUUAGGACCAACAAUGAAAGAGAUGGAGACAGGCUCUCAUCAGUCUGAGUUGGACUCAGAACCUCAGGAAAUUCAAACAUACCACAGAUGUAAUAUUGUGGCUUUCCUGAAGAGAAACACUUUUGUUGUUCUCACAGUUACAGCUGUUGCAUCAGGAAUUGGCCUGGGCUUUGCUCUACGACCCAUUAACAUGUCAGACAGCGAUAUAAGAUACCUAAUGUUUCCUGGAGAGCUGCUGAUGAGAAUCCUGCAGAUGCUGAUGCUUCCUCUCAUCGUUUCAAGUCUGAUAUCAGGCCUGUCGUCUGUGGACAGGAAAGCUUAUGGGAGAAUUGGUCUGAGGGCAUUUUGCUACUACAUGCUCACCACACUUAUUGCUGCAUUCACUGGUAUAGUUUUAGCCGUCAUCAUCCAGCCAGGGAACUGGUCCAGGAACACCUCAGCCUCCUCUGGUGGUAGAGCGGAGGCUGUGCAGAGCGUGGACGCUUUUCUAGAUCUAAUCAGAAACAUGAUCCCCUCAAAUCUGGUUGAAGCUUGUUUCAGAAAGUUUAAAACUGUUUAUUCCAGAAGUGUUUCUACAGGAAUUAGUAUCACUGAGGCCAGUGUUAACAAUUACACUGUACCAGUGCCGGGCUCGUCAGAUGGUAAUAAUAUGUUGGGGCUGUUGGUCUUCUCUGUUGCCUUCGGCCUCAUUCUGGGCAGCAUGGGGUCACAGGGGAAACCUCUGAGGGAUUUCUUUGACUGCCUUAAUAAAGCUGUUAUGCAUCUGGUCAACAUAUUCAUCUGGUAUUCCCCUGUAGGAAUCCUCUUCCUGCUGGCAGGGCAGGUUGUGAAGAUGACAGAUACAGUAGAGAUAGGCCGGGAAGUUGCGAUGUAUGCUCUCACUGUGAUAGCUGGCCUGCUAAUUCACAGUUUCCUCACUCUGCCCCUCAUCUAUUUUGUUGUCACAUGGAAGACUCCCUUCAGAUUUAUGAGCGGUGUCCUGCAGGCUCUCGCCACUGCCUUUGGGACUUCAUCAAGCUCCGCAACCUUACCUGUAACUCUCCACUGCAUGGAGGUAAAUCAUAGCAUGUGA